UAACAGUGAUGAUAGGCAUACCUCUGAGUAAUGAUGAUGAGCAGAUCUCGAAUCAUGAUGAUGAGCAAAUCUUAAAUCAUGACGAUGAGCAAACCUUGAAUAAUAACAAUUUCUCUAAUACCGAUCAAGAAGAUCAAGAUCAAGAGAAUCGAAGUUCAGAAAAUGAAUGUCAAGUUGUUACAGAAAAUGAAAAAGGACUUAAGGAUUUAAGCAACAAUACUGUCAACGUGAAGCCUAUUUCUGGAUUUACUGAUACGAUUGAUA